AGCCGGCAGCCCGCAACGCGAGUGUUGCUGCCGAGCUUUGAUAAUCGAGAGGCCGCAACGAGCACUGUGAGAUUCGUCGCCGUCGCCGUCGCCUUCGUCGUCGCCGUCGCCCUCGCUCUCGCCGCCGUCGACAGCAGGGGACAGGGCCCGUCGAGGAGAGGAGGAUUUCGCGUCCGUAUACGUUUUCCGACGUGCACUCGACGGAGAGGCUUCCGUAUUGAACAACGAAACGUCGUUCGCCGCCGGAGGCCAUCCGUCGAUCUUCUCUACGCCGGUCUCCGUGUAGUUCUCUAUCUCUCGGAUACCCUCCUCUCUCUCGUUCGGUCUCUCGCCCGUCCGCUCGCAACCCCCGUCGUCUUCGGGACGCCCGGUGUUGUAGCACCGCUGUACUCGCCUCGAUACAUAGAGACACGUAUAACGUCAAACUACUUUUCGCGGUGCGCGAAAGGAGCGAGAGAGGUGUGCCCCGCUCCAUCUCCCAUUGGGCCUCGAGAAAGCAGACGAAGGGAUUGACAACUUGGAGACGGACAGUCUCCAAGGCGCGACAUCCCUUUCCAUCGAGGGACAUCCCGUUAGUCACGACGUCAUCGUUCGCCUAUUAUUACCGCAGUGGUAACAGCCCUCCAGGAUAUUUCCGGAACUUGGAAUUCGGUUCGUUCGAGGCUACCCCGGCUCGUGGUACACAGGAAUACUGCUGGGGGAGUGUAACGAGUAACCAGCAAUGAAUACCACGGAGCCUACCGGGGAGGGUGGAGGAGGAGGAGAAGGAGAAAGCGCCACAAUGACUAACGUCGAGCAGUCUCCAUCCCCAAGCACGCCGAUCACUGGCACCUCCGUACCGAUGCAGGCGGCCGCUCAACAGCAACAGCAACCGCAACAACAUCCGCCACCGUCGCCCUUGAGUGGCUGCUACCUUCUCGUGGUGCUUCCUGAGCCUCAUACCGCACAACAUAAGGACCUCAUCCUGAAUCGCCUCGCAAAAGGUUUUCUAUCAUGGGACAAGGACAGUUGUCACGUAGAUCUGGAGAAGGAAUUAUUGGCCUUAGUAGCGCAAGCCCCCGAAGGCGAAGAAGCCAGAAAUGGCGAAAGGUUGAUCCAAUAUGCUACCGAGAACCUCGUAACGGAAGUUCUCAUUCAUCCACAGACGAAUACAUUAUUACAGUGUAUUCGCAAUCUUCUUGCAAGCUUCACGAAACAUCGGCACAUCAUACACGCUGGAUACACAUUCGGUGGUAAUGGUUCCUGGAUAUUGCAGGAUGGAACCUUCAGUCUCUCAGACUUUCUGGAUGCGUUCAGUGAACAUGAAGUGCAAAGAGUCCUUCGUGCCUACGAGAAUAGCGUUACCGUAGAUAUACAUUGCGCGGGUGUCGGUGAUUGGACGACAAAUCGAUUGUCGAAAGAAGCUUGUUGCAGAUCUUGCAGAGUCAGAGUAAACCCCGACGAUGUUCUCACAGCCGGCGUGCCGGCUAUCAUGAGUUUUACGAAUUACAUCGGACAGUACCUCGUGUCACAAACACUGGACCAGCUCAUGGAACCGUCCGACGUCGUUGGAAACAUUAGAUUUAGCCAUCCAACCUUAUACGUCUUCCCCGGCGGGCAAGGUGACGCCGCGCUUUUCGGUAUAAACGGCUUCAACAUGCUCGUCGACGGCGGCUUUGCUAGGAAAGCAUGUUUUUGGGAUUUCACCAGGCAUCUCGACCGAUUGGAUGCUGUUCUAGUCACUAGGAUAAAUAAUAGUAACAUCGGCGGCAUGUUUAGCGUUCUUCGCAAGAAGAAGGAGAUGCAUGUCUAUCCUCAGAUCGGCCAUUUCUUCUGUAACUUAGUCGAAAGAAGACAAUCAAAUUCACCCGACGGCGAUAAGGACAUUGAUCCGCUCAUUUUCAACCUCACUGAUAUUGGUCAAGAGAUGGUGGUGAAUCUUCGACAUAUUAAUCUUCGCGCCCAUCCUUGCUACAGAGAUCCCGAUCCGAUUAACCUCUAUCACAAGGUGGGCCAUGGCACGCUGGAUAUGUACGUGCUCAGCCCGAGCAAGGACAGUCGCGAAGUUCGCGAAUUCUUGGCGAAGUGGCACACGUCAGAUUCGAAGUUGUUUGCAGGUUCUCAUAAGAAAGAUUCGAACAAUCUCACAUUCCCGAUACAGAAUCUCGUGUCGAUAUGCGCGCUUCUAGUUUGGCAGCCGGCAAAUCCUGAGGAUAACAUCACGCGGAUUCUCUUUCCCGGCAGUACGCCGCAACACAAGAUCUUCGAAGGUUUCGAACGAUUAAAACAUCUGGACUUUUUAAAGCAUCCGGUAUGUUCAGCGAAGACUCUGUCACCGUCAGUUUCUUUAGCGACACUCAGAGAUAAGCCAACCAAGCAAAAACUUAGUCUUAUCGAGAAGGAACCCAAGAAAAUUUUGGAGCCAAAGAAAGAGAAGAGAGAACCAUCGGAGCCCAAGUCCAUCAAGGCCGCAGACGAGACUGUAUCCAAGAGUAUCCCUCAAUCGACGCCGAUUAUACCUGCUAGUAAACCUAAGACCGAAAUGAAGAUGAAAAAAGUUGUAGAAAAUAAGAAGAUCGAGACUGAAGCAAAAGAGAGUAAGAAAAUUGAAAAAGAACUGAAAGAGGUGAAAAAGGAACCCAAGAAGGAACCAAUUAAAGUGGAGAAGCCCGAAAAACGAGAAGAUGAUGUGAAAAAGAUUGAUUUAAUCAAACCGGAACCCGAAAAAAUCAAGGAACCUAAGGAACCUAAGGAACCUAAGGAACCUAAGGAACCGAAACCCAAAUCCGAACCAAAAAAGAAAGAACCAAAAGAAAGCAAGGUGAAAGUUGAAUUGAAGAAAAGCGAAGUAACUCCGAAGCCGAAGUUGAUUGAGAAAAAAGCCAAACCUUCUGGUGCAGAGAAAAGAGACGCUGUAAAAUCCUCCCCGACUACUCCGAAGAAGACUCUGAAUGGUGCUGCAACCAAGACAGAGAUAUCGAAAGCUGUACCAAAAGUGAAACCGGCGGUCAAGGUUGCUCCAAGUCUUCCAGCCAAGAGUGCUAAGGAAGCUAACAACAGGAAAGUGGUGGAACAGAAGAAAUCUGAAGUCGAGAAGUCUGCCGUGAAGGAUUCUGCAGCGCCAGUUGUCAAGGUGACCGCAAAACCUAAACCAAUGGACAGGAAGCCGAUCAGUCGUCGCGCGAAACCGGUUAGUCCCAAUAAAGCCCGUAUGCCGGGUAGUCCGGCGAAAUCUACUCGCAGUACUCCGACCGCUUCUGUAAAAUCAGACAAAGACGGUGUUAUUCGUAAAGUGAAGGGCGACAAAGGUACUACCGAUUCAUCCACGGUCUCCACUCCAUCUGGCAUAGAACCAGAAGUUGUAAAACCGAUUGAUAAGAGCUUAAUUGAACAAUCUGAAGAUAUAUCAUUAGAUUCAAUAGAAAGUAAGGUAUUGGCAGAUCUUAAAGAAGAGCGAGAGGUAGUGGAAGAAAUUGAAGCUGUUUUACAAAAGGCGGAAAGAAUCGAAGAAAUUCGAAAGGACGAUCGUUUUGAAGGUGAUGAUGAAAUCACGGCUGAAGCCACUGAUAAGAAAGAGGAGGAUAUUACAGAAGAGGAUGUUACUGCCGAGAUUGAAGAUGUACCUAAGAAGGAAGGUUCUAGAAAAGAAAGUCAGGAAUUGACUGAAGAGGACGAAUAUCUUAUUGUGGAGAAAGAAGAAGUUUACACCGAAGAUUCUGCUCAGAGCGGCGAGGGCGAACAAAAGCACGUUCUCGAUGAAGCUCAAUCGGAAAAGGCAAAAGUACUAAAAGACGUGGAGGCAAUGAAGGAAAAGGGCGAAAAGGAGGAACCUGAGGAGAAGGGAAAAGAUGACAGUCCCGAAAAGAAAGUAGAAAAGAUUUUGGAUAAAGAAGAGAAAGAAAUCGCUGAGUUAUCUUCGGAACAUAAGGAACAAUUACAGGAAGAAGUAAAAGAGAUAAUAGCAUCCGCAGCCGAAAUCGUACAGAAAGCCGAAGAGAAGGAUGAUUCCGGUAAAAAAGACAGCGAGGACAUCACGAAAGAACCAUCCAGUUUAAGUCCGGACAAAUUAGAUUCAUCCGAGAAAAAAACAACCGAUACGGACAUAAAACCGGAUGUCGAUCAGAAAGAGAAUAUUCUCGAAAAGAUGGAAGAGUCUCAGGAGCGAAUCUCGACACUAGAAUCGGGAGCCACUACAACUGCUCCGACUUUACCAGAAGACGAGCGAAUACCACUGGAUGAAAUAAAAGAGGAUAUUGACGAGAAACAUGUUAUUGAAGAAGUAAAAGAGAAAGAUGCUCCUGCAAAGCUCUUGAAAAAAGAAGUUAUUCCGGAAACUGUUAUCGCGGCUGCUAAGCCGGAAGUCAAAGUAUUUGAUGUUCGCCAGGCGAUGCCGAAUUUGCAAAGAGACAUUGUUAAAACACCAGACGAGGUCGCCGAUCUUCCGGUUCAUGAAGAAGUCGAUCCUAAACUCUACAGGAUGGAAGAUUUCGAGAAGGGAAAAGAGGAGAAAUUAUCGCCAACUGCGCAAGAAGAUAAAGAAUCGCCCAUUCCGCCCGUAAAAGAGCAGAAGGGUGUUUUUAGUUUCUUUGGCAAGGUGGCGGAUAAAUUUGAAAAAGGUAUCGAUAAAUUGACCAAGAAAAAGAAGGAUUCUGAGAAGGAUUCUGAUGAAAAAUCUUCCUCAAAAUCAAGUUCUCCAAAAGAACCAAAAGUGCAAGAGAAGACGGUCUUGGAAGAGGUUGAUAUGGAGAAGGUAUUCCCUAAAAUUGGCAAGCCCAUUGACAAACCCGAGACAUUUGAAGAGGCGAAACCUACGACUGUUGACGUGAAAGUAGCUGCCAUCAAGGAAACUGCGGCAUUUAUACAGGAAGAGAUACUGGACGCACAGAAGAAGAGUGUGCCGGAUAUUGAAGAAAAGCUUCCUACUGAUAAGUUAGAUGAAAUUAAAAAAAUAGAAGCUAAAAUCGAGGAAUCAUUUCUUGCAAAAGACGUAUCACCAGACGUCGUUUCACCAACUAAACUAAUUGAAGACAAGGAAAUUGCGAAGGAGAUUGAACUUUUGAAGGAAGAAGAUAUCGGAGAAGAUGUAGAGGUAAAGGCACUUUUGGAAGAAGCUUCGAAAAAAUUCAAAACUGUGAAAGAUAGUUUAAGAGAUUCAUUGGAAUCUUUGGAAGAUAAAAUUAAAGAAGAGAUAGCUGAGAUACAUGAAACGCCAUCCGCCCUGAAAGAUAUAGUAAAGGAUACUUUGGAAGGGGUGGCUGAGAAAUUGGAAGAGAUAAAGCCACAUAUCGAGAGCCACUUACCCGACAUAAAAGAACCGGAGAAAGUCAAGUUUGCUAUACCAAAAGAUGAAGAAUUCGAAGAGGAAUACGAAGAAGAAAUAGAGGGUCCAUAUAGAGAUAUGAAAGAAGCUGUUAGAGAUGUCGGAGAAGUCCUUGCUGGCACUGCUGGUAUCGAGCUCGAAGAUAAACCCAAGGAUGUCAUAGAAAUUGUGAAGAAAGUCGCCGAGGUUCUCAGAGAAGACGAUUUUCUUUCUGACAAAACAUUAUUCGAGCAAGCUCCUAAAAAAGAAGAGAUUUCACCGAUUUCGACGGACAGAAAACCAUCGAAAGAAGAAAUCUCCCCAAUUUUGACGGAAAGAAAGCCUUCUAUAUCAAGUGAAAAAAUAUCUCCAGAGAAGGUUGCUAAAUUAGAAGAAGAGGAACUCAAACUUGCUCACGAAGAUAUUGUGAUGCUAAAGCAAGUUGAUGUUACUAAAGUACUUCCGGUUCAUAAAGAGCUUGAGAAAUUUGAAAAGCCCGACAAACUUCCAUACGAGAAAUCUGACGCUCUCGAGGUAAAAGAAGAACCUUGUGUAAAAGUGGUGAAAGAAAAAGACGAUAUAGUAACGUCGCCUAUAAAAGAUGUGGCGAAAGAUAAACGAGAUGCACAAAAAAUUUGUGAGGAGAUAUUAAAGGACGAUCAACAUAUUUGCGAUCAACAUAAAAAAUCAACGGAUGAUACAUCUCGGGUAGAUGUGAUGCAAGCUGGUAUCGAAGACGUAUGCGUGAAGGAAGUAGCAAAACGGCCAUCUUUCGAGAAGAAGCUGGAGGACGAGAUCGAAGAAUCCGUGAUCGGCUUCGAGCAAAAGAUUUCGCCGGCGAAGGCGGAGAUAGUGAUGGUGACUCCCGGUUCUACGCCAACUUCGCCGAAAUUUGUCACGGACAAGAUAUAUGACGAAGGACUGGAAAUUGGUUAUCGUGAAUUGCCAGAGGAUAUCAAGCAAAUUCUCAACAAGGAAGUGCCAGUUGAAGAAAUAAUCGAAGAAUUGGUUAUCACGAAGAAGAAGAAGGUUACUAUCGAAGUGAUCGAAUAUAUCAUCGUAAUGAAGCGCAUUCCGAGAGAACGCGUGAUUUACAUUAUCGAAGAGAUUAUCACGAAGAAGGGACUUCCUAGAGAAAGUGUGAUAGAUGAUCCAGAGAUUCUGAGGUUGAAGGAAUCUGUCACACUUGAAAAAAGAAUGGAAAUCGAGGAAUAUAUCCUUAACGAAUAUAUUGUUAAAGGAAAACGAAUUACCAUAGAAAUCGUUCAAGAAAUCUCGAUUAAGAAAGUUGUGCCUAAAAAGAUUGUCAUCGAAAUUAUUGAAGAGAUUAUUGUUAAGAGAAAACUUGCUAGGCAUAUGAUACUAAAUGUCCCUGAAGAAGUAUUAUCGGAAAUAAUUCAAGAAAAAUCACCGGAAGAAUCGCCAGAACAAUCGGCAGAGGAGCAGAUAACAGAGGAACAGAAAAUAGACAUACCUGUGAAACAAGAAUUCGCUGCUGAAGUUCCUGAUGCUCCAACCGGAGAAAAAAAACUAAUCGAUGAAGGCGUGUUUAAGUCUUAUAUUGAGGAAUUUAUCGUUAAUGAAUACGUUACUAAAGGGAAAAAGAUUACCGCAUCGACAAUCGACGACAUUUCUAUUCAAAAGACAGUGCCCAAGCAAAUUCUUAUUGAAAUUAUCGAAGAAAUUAUUAUUAAAAAAAAGAUUCCCAGGAACAUGGUACUUGAUGUUACGGAGAAAGAAUUAUUAGCAAUUUCUAAAAAGACACCUGAGGACGAGAAAGAAAAAUUAGUCGCUGAGACACCUAGCGUUCCAGAGAUAGAGAUUCCAGAAACGGAAUCGAUAACUUCGCAAGAAAGAGCAGAAGUUGAAGAAUAUAUUAUUAACGAAUAUAUUACCAAGGGAGAUAACAUUAAUAUUAAAAAACUUGAAGAAAUAUGUGGUAAAAAGAAGGUGCCUAAGAGAAUCAUUAUUGAGAUUAUCGAAGAAAUUAUUAUUAAGAGAAAAUUACCGAGACAUACAAUACUUGGUAUAACCGACGAAGAAUUAUCGCAUAUUAUUAAGGAUGAAGCGAUUCCAGAGUCGCAAGUACUGACUGAGAAAGUGACUGAAACGAAACCGGUCGCAGAAGUGCUCAGCACUGAAGAGAAGAAAAGUCCAAUUGAGUUAAAAAAAGACAAGAAAGAAGAUGUACUUGAGCAAGAAAUGAGCGCUGAAGAGGAGUUAUCGGCCACAUCCGAAGAGGAGGAUGUCGAGAAGGAAGUGGAUGGAUUUGUUAGUAUACCCAGAAGGAUAUCCGAUACAGCUGAUAUAAAGAAGAAAGCGAUUUCAGAGAUUCCGUCUUCAGUUACGAAGGAACAUGAGAAAGACGUGAUUGACGACUUUGAAGCUGUCGAGCAGGAAUAUAAAGUACGUGAUGUACAAUCUCCCGAGAAAGCGAACGAGAUGAAAGAAAAAGAAGACAUUGAAGAAUCUGUGGAAGAUACUACAAGUGAAGUGAUCGAAGCAGACGAGAAGUUCGUGCAAGAAACCAAAGGGAAGGUGGGAAUAGAAGAGUUUCAGAUUGCAAAGGAUAUUAAACCAACUGACGAGAAACAAGAACCUGUAGAACGGGAUAUAUCCGAAAUAUCGGAAAUUGUCGAUACUACUGAGAAAUAUUUAGACGAGGCUAAGGAAAAGACGGAUGACAUUCUUCAGAAAGAGACUGCUACAAUAUUGACACCAUCAAUCUCCGACAAAGCAGAAAAGCCUUCAAUCGAAGACUUAAGUAAGGAAACGCCCAAAGAUUUCUCCGAUAAGCGACCAUCAAUUGAUGUACUAGAUAUUUCUAAAUCAAUUACACCAAGCACAAAGAUAAUUGACGAGAAACUUGAAAUGAAAGAAAUUGAACCUGCGGUUAAAGAAGAAGUCGAAGAAUUGCAACUUAAAAAAGUUGCUGAAGAAGUGAAGGCAGAAACAAAGCUCGCAGAUGCAACAGGCUUUACACAAGAGCCAAAAGUAGAAUUACUUGAAGAUGAUAAGAAAUCUAAACCAUUAGAGACCACAGAAAUUAAAGAAGCUCCAAUAAUUAAGGAAGAGAAGAGCCAAGAAACAUUAGCACCAAAACCAUUUGACGAUGGCACUGUCAAAAGGAUGCUGGUUACAGCAUGUAGCGAGGAUGGCAGAGAGGAAAUUGAGAUCUGUCCAAGCGGCAGCAUAACUUUUACGAAAACCGUCACUCCAGAUGAUUCUCUUAAGGAUGUAUCUGUUAAAUCUACACCAGAUAAAGAUUCAUUACUUUUAGAUAAAGACUCACGUUCGGACAUAAGUACUCCCGAAAAGGAUAGUAUUUCCGACAAAUCUGCGCCAGAAGGUAAAGAUAAGAUUACUCCAGAAGACAGCUUGGAAAAGUCACCUGCUGGUCCUCGUGAUUCACAGGAUCUUGAAGACAGUUUGGAAAAAUCAGAAUUGCAUAAGCCAAAGGUACCAGAGGAAUUGAAAGAUAUUACAAAGUCUCCUGUGGAAAAAGAUUUGGAGGUAUCAGAUAAAAUUGCCGAAAAAGAUAUACCAAAGUCGCCUAAAGAGGAACAAGUGGAACCGAAAUCUCCGACUAAGGAAGAUGUAGAAAAAAUUGAAAAAGUGAAAUCUCCAGGUGAAGAAAAGAUCGAGAAACCUAGUUCUCCAGUUGAAAAAAUCGACAAAUCACGAUCUCCUUCACCUCUUGAUACAACAAUGCAGAAAUCUCCAAUAGAAUUAGCUGAAAAACCAAAACUUCCAAUCGAGAAGAUGCUUCCAGAACCUAAGAAAGAAGGAACGAUUGGUGUUUCAAAGACACCUGAUUCGCUCCAUUCAGAGGAUGUUUCACCAGCUGAGACAAUUUUCUCGAAGUCACCCACAGAUAAAUCUGAAAUGUAUUUUGCAAAGGAACCUAUUACUGAAGAAGACAUUGCUAUUGAAAAAGAUAUCAAAAAAUUACCUGAAUCUAUUAAAGAAAUUAAACCAAUUGUAGACAAAGAAUUACCAAUAUCUUUAGAAAAAUCCGAACAAGAUAUUAAAUCUCUCGAUAAAUCCCCUAGUAUUUUAAGUGAUAAAGUCGAUGAGAAAGAAAAUGAUAAGUUGAAAUCGCCUAGUAUUAUGGAGAAAGAAACAGUAAGUGAAAAGUUGCCUAUUUUAGAGAGUGAACGUUAUGAUGAAAAGGGACCAAUUGACGAAGCUAAAUCUCCAAGCGCGAUUAGCGAUAAAUCCGAUGAGAAGAAAGAGGCCGAACGUUCCAAGUCACCGAGCAUAGCUGCGGAUAAGCCAGACCUUCAAGACGUGACGGAACAUUAUUUAGAGAAACCAAAAUCUCCUAUUUUUGAUAGGCCAGAUUCUCUUAAAGCUAUUGAUAAGACUGAAGAAUCACAUGAUAAAGAUAGAUCUCCCAGUGUAGCUAGUGAUAAAUCAGAUAGCAAGAAAGUAAGUGACCGUUCUAGAUCACCAAGCGUUUCUGUAGAAAAAGUAGAUUUCGAGAGAACCCGAUCGCCUAGUGUCACAAGUGCUAAAGACGACAAACUGGAACAGUUUCCAGUAGCGAAAUCACCUGAAAUAUCAAAAGAUGUGUUGAAAUCUCCGAAACUUGAAGAAGAUAAAUCGGAUUUGAAAGAUAUAAUGCAACCUCCAUUAGACAAAUCACGAUCACCGAGUGUAACAAGCGGCAUUAGCGAAUCUAAAGAACCAGAUCGCUCAAAAUCACCUAGUAUCGCCGGCGAAAAACCUGAUAUAAAGGAUGUGACGGAAACACCAGUGGAGAAAUCAAGAUCUCCAAGUGUCAUCAGUGUUACGAGCGAGCAAAAAGAACUAGUUGAUCACUCCAAGUCUCCGAGCAUCGCAGGAGAAAAAAUAGACUUAAAAGAUGUUGCAGAACCUGCAGAUCGAUCAAAAUCGCCAAGCGUAACUGGAGAAAAACCAGAUUUGAAGGAUGUCACUGUAGAACAAUCGAGAUCUUCUAGUAUUACAGGAGAACAAAAGGAAUCGCUUGAUCAUUCUAAAUCUCCGAGUAUUGCUGGAGAGAAACCGGAUUUAAAGGAUGUCAUAGAACUAUCCGAUGAAAAAUCAAAAUCAGCUACCGCAAUGAGUACUACGAUUGAUUCGAAGGGACUCGAUGAUCAAUCGAAAUCGCCGAGCAGUACUGAUCUAACGGAUAUUACAGAACAAUCGUCGCUGGAUAAAUCCAAGUCACCUAGUGUCACGAGUAUUACAUCUGAUCAGAAAGAAUCAGUAGAAAAAACAAAAUCGCCAAUUCCGGAUAAGAAGGAAGAACCUGACAGGAGCAAAUCUCCAAGCAUAACAAGUGAAAAGUCUGAUGAGAAGAAAUCUGUCGAUGGUUCGAAAGCGACCAGUGUUACGGAGGAAAAACCAGAUCUUAAAGACGUGAUGGAACCAUCAGGUGAUAAAUCCACAUCAUCAAGUGUUGCGAGUGAGAAAGCGGAAUUAUUUGAAAAAUCGACAUCGCCUGUUACUGACAAAUUAGAACCACCUAUUGAUCGAAGCAAAUCUCCCAGUGUUGCUAGCGAUAAGUCCGAUGAGAAGACAUCGGAUGACAAGGAUAGUGUUAAAGAACAUUAUGAAAGUGCUGGUGAUAAAUCCCCGAAUUUCGUCGAUGUGAAAAUACCGCACGAAAAAGCUAUGGAGGAGAAACCUUCAACAGUUUCUGAAAAAAUGGACGUUAAGGCAGAUGAUAUUAUAUCGCAUGACAGACCGGUAUCUCCAAGCAUUAUUUUUGAUAAGCCGAUAGAUGACAAUAAACAGUCAAUAGAGAAAAUAGAUGUUGACGAAUUAAAAACGUCUGGCAUAAUUGGCGAUUCGGAUUUUGUUGAUAAGACAAGAUCAUUAAGCAUUAUCAGUGAUAAGACAGAACCGAAAUCACCAUCCGAUGUUUCAAAGUCACCGAGUUUACCCGACGAUCAAAAAGAUAAGUCUAGAUCAUCCAGUGUUGCCAGUGAGAGGCUUGAUGAUAAAGUUUCGCAAAUACCAGAAGCAAAGGGAGAACGAUCAAUUUCGCCAAGUUCAGCCAACGAUCAAAAGGACAUAUCUAGACCAUCCAGUGUUGCCAGUGAGAAGCUUGAUGAUAUUAAAGUUUCUCAAAUACCAGAAGCAAAAGGAGAACGAUCAAUUUCGCCGAGUUCAGCCGACGAUCAAAAGGACAAAUCUAGAUCAUCCAGUGUUGCUAGUGAGAGGCUUGAUGAUAUUAAAGUUUCGCAAAUACCAGAAGCAAAGGCAGAACGAUCAAUUUCGCCGAGUCCAGCCGAUGAUCAAAAGGACAAAUCUAAAUCAUCCAGUGUUGUUAGUGAGAGGUUCGAUGAUAUUAAAGUUUCGCAAAUACCAGAAGCAAAGGAAGAACGAUUAAUUUCGCCGAGUUCAGCCGAUGAUCAAAAGGACAAAUCUAAAUCAUCCAGUGUUGUUAGUGAGAGGUUCGAUGAUAUUAAAGUUUCGCAAAUACCAGAAGCAAAGGAAGAACGAUUAAUUUCGCCGAGUUCAGCCGACGAUCAAAAGGACAAAUCUAGAUCAUCCAGUGUUGCCAGUGAGAGGCUUGAUGAUAUUAAAGUUUCGCAAAUAUCAGAAGCAAAGGGAGAACGAUCAAUUUCGCCGAGCUCAGCCGAUGAUCAAAAGGACAAAUCUAAAUCAUCCAGUGUUGCCAGUGAGAGGCUUGAUGAUAUUAAAGUUUCGCAAAUAUCAGAAGCAAAGGGAGAACGAUCAAUUUCGCCGAGCUCAGCCGAUGAUCAAAAGGACAAAUCUAAAUCAUCCAGUGUUGCCAGUGAGAGACUUGAUGAUAUUAAAGUUUCUCAAAUACCAGAAGCAAUACCAGAAGCAAAGGGAGAACGAUCAAUUUCGCCGAGCUCAGCCGAUGAUCAAAAGGACAAAUCUAAAUCAUCCAGUGUUGUCAGUGAGAGGCUUGAUGAUAUUAAAGUUUCGCAAAUACCAGAAGCAAAGGCAGAACGAUCAAUUUCGCCGAGUUCAGCCGAUGAUCAAAAGGACAAAUCUAAAUCAUCCAGUGUUGCCAGUGAGAGGCUUGAUGAUAUUCAAGUUUCGCAAAUACCAGAAGCAAAGGCAGAACGAUCAAUUUCGCCGAGUUCAGCCGACGAUCAAAAGGACAAAUCUAGAUCAUCCAGUGUUGCUAGUGAGAGGCUUGAUGAUAUUAAAGUUUCGCAAAUACCAGAAGCAAAGGGAGAACGAUCAAUUUCGCCGAGUUCAACUGACGAUCAAAAGGACAAAUCUAGAUCAUCCAGUGUUGCUAGUGAGAAGCUUGAUGAUAUUAAAGUUUCGCAAAUACCAGAAGCAAAGGCAGAACGAUCAAUUUCGCCGAGUUCAGCCGACGAUCAAAAGGACAAAUCUAAAUCAUCCAGUGUUGUCAGUGAGAGGCUUGAUGAUAUUAAAGUUUCGCAAAUACCAGAAGCAAAGGGAGAACGAUCAAUUUCGCCGAGUUCAACUGACGAUCAAAAGGACAAAUCUAGAUCAUCCAGUGUUGCUAGUGAGAGGCUUGAUGAUAUUAAAGUUUCGCAAAUACCAGAAGCAAAGGCAGAACGAUCAAUUUCGCCGAGUUCAACUGACGAUCAAAAGGACAAAUCUAGAUCAUCCAGUGUUGCUAGUGAGAAGCUUGAUGAUAUUAAAGUUUCGCAAAUAUCAGAAACAAAAGGAGAACGAUCAAUUUCGCCAAGUUCAGCCGAUGAUCAAAAGGACAAAUCUAAAUCAUCCAGUGUUGCCAGUGAGAGACUUGAUGAUAUUAAAGUUUCGCAAAUAUCAGAAACAAAAGGAGAACGAUCAAUUUCGCCGAGUUCAGUCGAUGAUCAAAAGGACAAAUCUAAAUCAUCCAGUGUUGCCAGUGAGAGACUUGAUGAUAUUAAAGUUUCGCAAAUAUCAGAAACAAAAGGAGAACGAUCAAUUUCGCCGAGUUCAGCCGACGAUCAAAAGGACAAAUCUAAAUCAUCCAGUGUUGCCAGUGAGAGACUUGAUGAUAUUAAAGUUUCGCAAAUAUCAGAAACAAAAGGAGAACGAUCAAUUUCGCCGAGUUCAACUGACGAUCAAAAGGACAAAUCUAGAUCAUCCAGUGUUGCUAGUGAGAAGCUUGAUGAUAUUAAAAUUUCGCAAAUAUCAGAAAUAAAAGGAGAACGAUCAAUUUCGCCGAGUUCAGUCGAUGAUCAAAAGGACAAAUCUAAAUCAUCCAGUGUUGUCAGUGAGAGGCUUGAUGAUAUUAAAGUUUCGCAAAUACCAGAAACAAAAGGAGAACGAUCAAUUUCGCCGAGUUCAACUGACGAUCAAAAGGACAAAUCUAGAUCAUCCAGUGUUGCUAGUGAGAAGCUUGAUGAUAAUAAAGUUUCGCAAAUACCAGAAACAAAAGGAGAACGAUCAAUUUCGCCGAGUUCAGCCGAUGAUCAAAAAGACAAAUCUAAAUCAUCCAGUGUUGCCAGUGAGAAGCUUGAUGAUAUUAAAGUUUCACAAAUACCAGAAACAAAAGGAGAACGAUCAAUUUCGCCGAGUUCAGCCGAUGACAAAUCUAAAUUAUCCAGUGUUGCUAGUGAGAAACUUGAUGAUAUUAAAGAUUCACAAAUACCAAAAGCAAAAGGAGAACAAUCAAUUUCGCCUAGUUUGGAUACCGGAAAGAUCUCAAAAGACGAAUCUGCUAAAUCGUCGCGAGCUAGUUCGCCAGUGGACAAAAUUCCGAUGGAUAGAUCACGUUCGCAAAGCGUUUUCGAUGCUGGUGAGAAAACACCGGUCAGAUCUAGAACAGCCAGUUUAUUCGAUGACAAAUUAUCAGAGAAGCCACUUUCUCAAGAGGAAAAACAUUUCGACAUGGGGAAACCACUUGAUGAGAAGGAUGAAUGUAAGAAAGAUAAUAAGAGUCCUAUAACUUCUCCUGAGACAAUUGAGAAAAAAAUGCAGAAGAUCCGCGAGAAACGAUUUGCCGAUUUUAAAGAGCCGGACGUCGGACAACCGAGCAAAAUAGAGAAAUCAGACGAUGAAGAAGAAGAUGUUAUUAAAGUGACAGCCGAGAAGAAGGCGGAGAUCGAGAAGCACAUUUUAGAUGAGUUUAUUGUGAGAAAAAGAAAGAUCAGUCUGACGGUGAUCGAGAGAUUAGUUAUGAUGUAUUCGGUGCCCCAAUUUAUAGUGAUGGAAAUAAUAGAAGACAUUAUUAAUCGGCACAAUAUGCCUAGGAGUGCAGUCUUCGAUUUUGUAGACGACGAAACUUCCUCUGAACCUCAAUACGGAAAAGAAUCCGAAACGGAACCGCUGGCGUCGCAAGAAAGAGCGAAAGUAGAAGAAUAUAUUAUUGAAGAAUUCAUUAUGAAAAAAAAGAAGAUCACGCCGAAAGCCUUGGAAGAAAUGGUCAUCGUUAAAUCUGUGCCGCGAUACAUUCUCGUUACAAUUAUUGAAGAGAUCAUUGUAAAGAAAAAGAUACCUAGGAAUACCGUAAUUGAAGGCGACUUAGGAGAACCGGAAGAAAAAGAUCUGGGUAUUUCUGAAAAAAGAGAGGAACCUGUUAUGUCAACUAGCGUGGAUUUUGGAAAAGUAACUCAAGAUGUUACUCAAGAGGACAUUCACGGUCAUGAAAAACCAGGCGAUACUACGAAGGGCGAAAGUUUGGACGGCAAAAUAUCUCCUGCAGGGAGCGAUCGAUAUGGCAGGGAUUCGAAAGCAGCGCUUUCUGCUAGCCCCAGCUUAAGUCCGGAACCUAUUCCUUCCGACAAAUCAACUCAGGAUAGUCCAGCUCGAUCAGAGCCGCAUAUAGAUGAGGAGAUCCUGAUAUCGGANGAGAAGCGAAUGGAAAUCGAAAAACUCUUGGAGGAAGAAUAUAUAAAAAAAGGAAAGAAAAUUACGGAAAUGAUACUCGAAGAGAUAAUCAUCAUGACUUCUCUACCCAGGUAUAUUAUUCUCGAGAUAUUGGAGGAAAUUAUAUUAAAGAGGAAGAUCCCAAGAGAAUCUGUGAUCGAUGUGGAAAUUUAUCAAGAGGAAGAACCAGAAGACUACGAUAAGGCAAUGUAUCACUACGAGGGAACAACGGAUGUAGAUUACGAACUGCCGCAUGAUGCCAGGGGUAUGUAUCCAGAAUCGGGUGAGCAACAGUUGGACAAAUCCGAUUAUCCACCAGAUUACGAGAGCCAGUUUCACAAGGCCUUCGUUGGUGGUAUGACGGAGAUGCGAACGACACAUAUAACCACAUUGUCUGGAAAAUCGACUCCGGAAUUUACACAUGACGCUGCUUCCAAAAUCGAACCAACCGGUAAAGUGCCUGAAAAGUUAUCGGAAUCUACUCUGACCACUACUCACAUAACGAGAACAGAUGUGGAAGACACGAAGACUGUGCAAUCUGCUCAAACUGUUACGAUAUUGAGAGAAAGCAAGAUUACGGAAACUGUCGAUAAAGACAAACCUGAAGAAACUGCGGGGAUUUCGGCAACAAUUACAUCCGAUGAUCAUGCGGCUGAAUCGGAUGGCGACGUUAUUAUAAGUAAGACGACAAUCAAACAUGAAGUGAUUAAAGAGGAGGAAUCUGGAAAGACAACUGAAGUCAUGAAAGGAAUUGAACCACAAGAAAUAGUCAAAGAAAUUAAACAGUCGAGUAUUCAACAAGAUGAGCCCGAAACAAUUACCAAGAUUAUUAAGAAGGAAAUUAUGGAACAUGACGAGCCGGAAGUAGUCACUAAAGUUGUUAAACGCGAAAUUAUCGAGCAAGACGAGCCUGAAAUUAUCACAAAAGUGAUUAGACGCGAAAUUGUCAUCCCUGAUGAAGAAAUCAGUGAUUCGAAGGAAGAUUCUGACGAAUAUAUGAAGACUAUUACGAAAACAACGCGAACAAUCGUGACAGAGGAAUUAGCAGAUGACGAAUUAGCACAAGCUGAUCCGUCGAAAAUUUACACAGAUCCUACUUCAGGUUCAACCUACAAGGUUAUGAGUGACGAAGAUGCAUCUGACGCAGCCAGCGCCGAUAUAAAGCGAAUCGUGACGACUGUAACCACGAUUACUGGACCGGACGGAAAAGUUACCACAAAGACAGACGUCAAAGAGAGCACGGACACUUUGGCCGGCGAGAAAUUAUUAGAAAAAUUGACAGAAAGUACCAAACCUGCGGAAAAAAUUAUCAAGGAAACGAUUACGACUGUGACAUCGGGCACUACAACGCCCGACGUAAAAGCCUUCUAUUCCGAUUCCGGUAAAUCGACACCUGACCUCAAACAUGAAGCUAAACUUGAAUCUACAAUAAAAGAACGCUUAGACACAGACAAAUUUGAACAUCCGGUGUCUCCUUUGAUACGAGAACUUAUAUCUGAUGACAAAAGUUAUUCGGGUAAGUCUUCACCGGAUAUAUCGUUGCCUAAGGAUAUCGUCUUCAGUGGCAAAUCUACGCCAGAGGUUCCUACGUCGCCGUUGAUCAGAGACGGCGCUGUAGUUCAACCUCACGUAUCGGGUAGAUCGACGCCCGAUAAAAGAUCCGAUUGUCGAUCCUCUACGAGCACACCGGAAGGAUUCAGAUCGGGCGAGAUGAUCCGAACUAUCGUUACGACUACAAAGACGGUUUCCGACGAAGGUGAAAUAGUAACGACCACCAGGGAGGUCACAGAAACGACAAAUGAAAAAGGCGAGACAGUUGUGUUGGCGGAAAAGACUGAUGUGAAGGUAGAUGAACGUCUGCCAAGUAAAGAUGCCGCGGAAAGCGCGAUCAGCAGCAUUAUCGGCAGCAUCAAAUCCUCGGAAUUGCAACGUGGUCCAGGGUCCGACGAUGUAACCGGUGAAAAGGAUCAUGGUCCGGCCAGUCCAUCGAGUGAACAUAGUAGCACACAUAGUAAAGUCAUGACACACCCAUGGGGUAGCAGCGAGGAGCGACAUACUUAUUCUGACGAUGAACCACCCAGUUCGUCUCUUUCUUCAACCUCGCAAGUCGGAUAUUCACCGCAAACAAUGCAUCGCUAUGAAUCAUCUUCUGAUAAACAAGAGGAGCAGAAACAAGUGGAAUUCUCGGUGGCCGCGAUGAGCAGCAGCUUCUACGGUGAGCUGCCAGCGGUACCGCCUCAGAUAUCUGCUAUGAAAACCUUCCACGGUGAGACUGGUAUGCAGAAAAGCAGUGAUCCCAUUCACAGUCGAUUCACAGUAGAAAAGGAGCCCGCCGGUGAUUACGGCGAAAAACCGGACGCAAAGAGAUACAUCGACGAGGCCGAUCUCGACUUUGAUAAAGCUCUGAUGGAUAAAGAGAUGAAGGAGGUCGGAGGGGCCUUCAGCAGCGGAAUAGCGCCCAGGUACACGAAUGGUAGCCUUCGUCAUGAAGCAACCGAUGAAAAAGAUCAUCCAUCGUCUUCGUUCCGGGAUGAUAAAGAUGAUUCAAAGGGUGAUUCGAAAAAAGAUCCUUUGGAGGGAUGGGGAACCCCUCUUGGGCUGCCGUCUCCUAAACCGCCCAAAAAAUUCAAUCUGAAGAACUCUGCUCAAUCUCCAUCGUGCUCAAAUGAGACAACCUCCGAUACUUUGAAUUUCGAUGUAAAAAAUUGGGGAGAACCUCUUAGGCUGCCUUCUCCCGCACCAGUGACCAAUGAGAUAUCGAACAAAGGAGCACCCAGUACACCGAAAAAAGAACGGAAACAAGCGAAGAAGAUUCAGUCAGAGAAUAUCAAGAACAAAAAGCGUUCAGAAAGCCCCGGUAAGAACGAGAAGAAGAUGAAAGAUUCGAAAAAUAAGGUUCAAUCGGUUUACAUGGAUUUAGCGUACGUGCCCCAUCACGGAAAUUCAUACUACACAUCCUUAGAAUUCUUCAAGAGAGUACGAGCGAGAUAUUAUGUCUUUAGCGGUACCGAGCCCAGCCGGGAAGUCUAUGACGCUCUAUUGGAAGCUAAAAAGACUUGGGAGGACAAAGAUCUCGAGGUAACUAUGAUUCCGACCUACGACACCGAUACUUUGGGCUAUUGGGUCGCCGAUAACGAGGAAGCGCUCGCGGCGAACCACAUAGAUCUAUCGCCGUCCGCAUCCAGGUGUACUAUCAAUCUUCAGGAUCAUGAGACUAGUUGCAGCGCCUACAGGCUCGAGUUCUAGGGAUUGGCAGCCUGCUCAGCCGUAAUAGUCGAGUUCUGAGCGGCGUCCGGAAUGCGUUAUCAUUCUGCAUUUUCGGACCCAUUUCUACAAGAGAAAAAAAAUAGAAAAAAAAAAGAAGAGAAAAAGAGUCGAGCGCUCAGGCCGACCUACCGUCCCGUCAGGUGAUUCCUGACCCCCCCUUCUAGGAGACCCGAAGACGAACAGCAUUUCGAAUUUUCGAGAUUCCCUCGCGGUCAUAGCUCCGCGGCCUAGCAGGAUCGUAGAAAUCCCGUCGAACAAUGUAGAGGCAAUCCUGAGGAAGCGAGGCCGAUUUUGUGUGAAUCGCGCUCAGGUCUCAAAUUGGGAUUGUUUAAUCUAAUUUAGGACGUUCUCCUUAUUCCUUCGCGAGGAGACGAUGCGGGCGACGAGAAGAAAGAAACAGAGAAAAUAAGGGAGAGAUCGCGAGGGUUUCUUCUCUUGCACGGGGAUACAAGGUAUAAAUUAAUUAUUUACUUCUAAGAAGCCGAUUAUUAAUAGGGAGAAAUUUACAUUUGAUUAAGAUUCAUGUUGAACUGAUAACAGCGGCGUUCAUCAACGGAUAUUUAUAUUUCCACAUUCUGCACUGUACGCAGCCCGUAGUGUGCUGAUACCGCCUGCAAUAUCUUAUCGAUCACUGCUCAAGUCAAAGACAUUUUUGCGAAGAUUUUGCGCUGAAGCUAAAGCAAAGCGAUGAUUAUGACGUUGCAUGAGCGACGAUCGAUCGCAAAGCGACGACGGUCCAUAAGCGCUGCGGUUCUGUGACAAUCUGUGUGCUAGUUAUCGAAAAUUAUAAAUUGAUUUUAGGAUAUUUCUAUUUUCGAUCCACUGAACACGGAUCGAACAAUCGAUGCGAGACCUCCUCGCCCGCAUUCUCUCCUCGAUCAGCAGAUCAAAGUAAAACUUUUAAUAUCUUUGACACAGCUGCCGCUUCAAGAGCACCGCGUAGUAUUUAGUGUAUCAGUUAAAAAAAAAAAGAAAAAAAAAAGAGAAAAGAGAAGUACCGCAUUUUAACUUACGCGGGGAAGCAUAUAUUAGGUCUAUUCUUUAUCAAAGAACUUUCUGAACUGCACAUGAUGUAAUAAGUUGAAGUGAAACAUACUAUAUUUGUUUCACAUCAAUUUAUUGCAAUGUGCAUCAGUUCAUCGAUAAAGAAUACACCUAUUGGCUACGUUUAUCAGAAUUUAUCUUGCAAUUGUCAGAAAUUUUCAAGUUUGGAUUAUACUUUCAUGUCUAAAGGAAUAAUCCUUUUCAAACGAAGAAAACUUCCAACAGUUGUAAAAUAAAUAUUCUACUGAGUGUGGCUAUCGUGAACAAGAUAGAAUGCGCGUUUGACGGACGCGCAAGAAUCAAGAGGAUUUAUCGUUCGUGUCGUCGAUGGAUUGCGUAUUAUCCUUUAACGGGAUACGUAAAGACAUGAGGCACGAGGAGAACGAUCCAUGUUUCACCUGCAAAAACAUUAUCCUUCGUUGUUACGUGACUAACGGUCCCCUUUCUCGUCAUAAAUGUCUAUUCGUGCAUAGGUAAAACGGAGCUAAAUUCCAUCGAGAAGUACUAGGGUAGGAGUUAUCUGUGUGUCGUGUUUCUAUAUCGUAGAGAAUAGAGAUACGCGGAGGAAUGGUGGUUACUUGAUAGAUUCGCUGCGUCAAUCAUACAGACGACGCGGUCCAAGCUAGACGAGGAGUCCGACGAGGAUGAUGCCGGAAGAGAUCUGUAGAGCGUUUCGUUGUCGUAAGGAGAGUGCAGGGCGAUGAUGACAUGUCUCAAAAAAACGUCCAUCCGACGGACGAACAAUUCGUCUUCGAUCGUUUCUUUAAAUUACCUUUGAUUGAAGGCCUUUGUUUUGAUUGCCUUGUUGAAAUUGUGAGACGAAUGAUACUUUAGAAAACAGCGAUCGUAGCACUGACGAUCUUUUAUUUCUGUAUCAAACUAAAGAUUCGAAUUAAGAUUUGACAAAUGAAAGCAAAGUUUGUUAUUACUUGAUAUUAGUUCUUUCUUUUGAUUAAUCUCGAUCUUUAGUUUGAUAUGGAUUUUGCAGACAUUGAUAAUAUUGGUGCGAGAUUUGCAUGGUGGAUAAUGACAUUGUUUUAUGAAAGAAAUAAAGGCUGCGAUUCAUUUGAUAUUA